AUGGGUUUCGCUGAGAACAGACAUUGCUCGCUUGCCUUCUUCGACUGAUCAAAGGGGUGUUGCAAUUUAAGACGCUGAAAAAAAACUUCAUCCAGAUAACCGAGGGGAAAGAAAAUCAUGAACUGAAAGAAAAUGGGAGAGGUCUCGUCAGAAGUUUUACCCAUGAUAAUAGAGAACGUGCAGGAACCUCCAAUGCCAUCAGGACAGUGGUCUUGCAGUCCAGCGAAUGGAGGUGGAGAGCAGAUUGACUCAGAUGGAGAUUCGGUAGAAGAGGAUAUUGAUUUUAAUUGGGAUGAAUAUUUAGAAGAAACCAGUGCCAGUGCUGCUCCCCACACAUCAUUUAAACAUGUUGAAAUCAGCCUCCAGAGCAGUUUCCAGCCUGGGAUGAAGCUGGAGGUGGCUAAUAAAAGCAACCCUGACACUUACUGGGUAGCGACUAUCAUAACCACUUGUAGACAGCUGCUACUCCUGCGCUUCAGCGGCUAUGGGGAGGAUCGCAAAGCAGACUUCUGGUGUGAUGUCAUGACGGCAGAUCUGCACCCGGUGGGCUGGUGCACACAGAAUAACAAGGUCCUGAUGCCACCUGAAGAGAACUGUUACCUGAGAAAAGCAAUAAAAGAGAAAUACACAGACUGGACAGAGUUUCUUAUUCAAGAGCUGACUGGUUCCCGAACAGCACCUCCAAAUUUGUUGGAAGGGCCUCUUCGAGGAAAGAACACUGUUGAUCUCAUCAUGCUUGAUUCAUUGGUAGAACUGCAGGAUUCCCAGAAUCCCUUCCAGUACUGGAUAGUCCGGGUGAUAGAAAAUAUUGGCGGUAGGCUGCGGCUCCGCUACUUUGGACUGGACUGUGACACACACGACAAGUGGCUCUUUUACCUGGACUUCAGGCUUCGUCCUGUGGGUUGGUGUCUGGAGAACAGAUACAACAUGGAACCUCCUACAGAGAUCCAUGGUUUAAGAGCAGCUACCGACUGGAAAGAUGCCCUGGAGAGAGCACUCACUGAAGCAGCAAAGAAUCCUCUCCCACUGGAGGUGUUCAAGGACCACGCAGACCUGCAAAACCAUUCGUUCUCGGUUGGGAUGAAGUUAGAGAUGUUGGACUCUCAGGAGCCCUUUUGUAUCAGCCCCGCGACUGUGACCAAGGUUUAUAACGAUCAUUAUUUCCAUGUGACCAUCGAUGACCUGGCAGGAGAUCCGACACCCAGUUCACUGCUCUGCCAUGCUGAGUCCCCCGGGAUCCUUCCUGUAGAGUGGUGCCUUAAAAACGGGGUUAACCUCAAACGCCCCAAAGGUUACCUCAGCCAGGAUUUUGAUUGGGCAGACUACCUGAAGCAAUGUGGGACAGAGGCAGCUCCUCAUCUUUGCUUUAGAGAUACAUCACUAAGUCGAGGGUUUUCCAAAAACAUGAAGUUGGAAGCUGUCAACCCAAUGAAUCCAGCAGAAAUAUGUGUGGCGUCGAUCACUAAAGUGAAAGGAAGGUUAAUGUGGCUCCAUCUAGAAGGUUUGAAGAAGCCAUUUCCAGAGUAUAUAGCUGAUGUGGAGUCCAUGGACAUUUUCCCAGUAGGCUGGUGUGAAGCGAAUGGCUAUCACCUUACUCCUCCACACAGAGUUGUCUGUCAGACACAGAAGAAGAUUGCUGUAGUACAGCCAGAAAAACAAUUGCUCACCUCUGUGCCUGUGGAGAAUGUACCUCAUAAUAUAUGUCCCAAUGCUCCACUGGAUACUGGUGCCACUAAUGGGAAGUACUGCUGCUCCCAAAUCUUUGUCAACCAUCGAUGUUUCUCAGGUCCCUAUUUAAACAAAGGGAGGAUAGCAGAACUGCCUCAGUCAGUAGGCCCUGGCAAAUGUACUCUUGUCCUCAAAGAGGUUCUUGGCAUGUUGAUCAAUGCUGCAUAUAAACCAGGCCGUGUACUGAGAGAACUGCAGCUUGUAGAAGACCCACAAGGGAACUUUCAAGAAGAAACACUAAAAGCCAAGUACAAAGGGAAAACAUACAGAUCAAUUAUCAAGAUUGUGAGAACCUCCGACCAGGUGUCAGAAUUCUGCAGGAAAGUUUGCCUCAAGCUUCAGUGCUGUCCUAAUUUGUUUAGCCCUGCCUUGGUCACAGACAAGUGCCCAGAGAACUGCUCCAUCCACACCAAAACCAAAUACACUUAUUACUAUGGGAAGAAGAAAAAGGUCAUCAAACCAACAAUUGGUGACAGCUGCGUAGAGAGUAGCCUAUCAAAGCCUGCCAGGCGUAGAAAGAAGCGCAAAUCCAUCUUUGUCCAGAAGAAAAGACGAUCCUCGGCAGUAGACUACACGCCAGCUGCAUCCCCACAGGACAGCGAGGAGGACGAGGAUCAGGAUGGGCCUGAAGAUGACACGGGGAGCGAGGAGACGAGCUCAGAGCAGCGGGAAGACCAGACUGACACGUCCUCAGUGGAAGUCCUGACCACAAGACCCAGAAGAGCAGCAGCUCUAAGAAGGAACACAGACACUGUGAGACCCACAAGCAUUGAGAGGCCCCGGCGUAAGAGGACCACCCAGUCACUAUCCUACACUGAGGAUAUAAAAUACCACCCUGCUAAGCGCUCUGCUGCAAAGGUUGAAAACCGUGAAGAUGAAGACAAGCUGGUUCUGAUCAGCAACCCACUGGAGUGGACUGUAGCUGAUGUUGUCAGGUUUAUUAAGUCUACAGAUUGUGCACCCCUCACCAAAAUAUUUCAAGAACAGGAUAUCGAUGGCCAGGCAUUACUCCUUCUGACACUUCCAACAGUCCAAGAAUGCAUGGAACUUAAACUAGGACCAGCCAUCAAGCUAUGUCACCAGAUUGAAAGAGUGAAAGUUGCAUUCUAUGCACAAUACGCUAACUGACUGUACCCUUGACCUUUGCUGGAUAAUAAGUAUAUCUUACGGCUUACAGUGACUAUAUGUAGGUACUGCGUUGAAGUUGCUGCUGGGUCUGUGAAAAAUAAGACCACAGCUAUAGUGGUCACAUUCUGUUAGACAUUUUAUACUAUGGAGUUCUGUCGACUGUCAGUUAUGCAGAACAGUUAAAUUGAUGGGUACCAAGCAUUAUUGCUAAGGCUGUAAACUAUUGUUUGUCCUUUUAAUCCCAUUUGAAAUACAACUACAGGUGAACUACAGGGAAACUAAUGAAUGACUACAUAGACUAGCAGAACAUAGUUAGGCUGUGGUUUAGCUGCACUAUCAGUUCAUGUAUGGUUUUUAUUUGUAAUGCAGUUGGAAAUGGUGCAAAGUGAAGCAGCAUAAAAAAAAGCCAUACACCGUACAACACAGGACACCUCCACUCUCUUUGCAUUUUGUUUUCAAAGUCAUCUACUGUAGCUGUGAAGUUUAUUAAGUUGCUGAUUUUUGUGGAUCUACGUUUUGGUCUUUUAUUUAAAAAGUACAGUUUGGAAUUCCCCCAAAAUCCAAAUACCACAGGUGUGUGUUACAUUUGUUAAUAAUAAUAUCUUUUUUUACUUUGGUAGUGCUUGAUUAUUUUUUGUAUGAAGUAAAUGCUAUCUGUGAAAUACAAAGUUAUUUAAUAUAACUUUUUUUAAAAUAGUUGUAUAGUCUGCAAAUGUAUGAAAUUUUGUGUACGCUGACUGUCUUAAUCGCACUAUAUUAAGGAUUCAACUAGAUUUGCUGGAAAGAUUUAAACCGUUUCCAACAUAUAGUACAAUUGGGCGUAUGAUCUAAUUAUUUUCAUUCAAUGAGUUAAAAUUAGGCCUUUUAAAAACAAUAACCACUCAAUUUUUUAAAAUUAAAAUGUUACUGUAGAUUUGUUGCAUUUAUAUUUAAGGCUAUGUCAAAUAAACAGAUAUUGUUCAUUACUCUUGGUACAUUUUUGUAUUUAAAUUAUUGAAAACCCUUUUAAAACAAAAUGUAUAUUCAUUUUAAGCAAAAAAAAAUCUAAAUAUAUGAAUAUAAAGGAGAGUGCACUUUCGUGGUUGCUAUUUAUUUUGAAGACAGCAUUAGUUUUCUUGUAAUUGUUUGUUGAUUUAUGUAUUAUAGUGUCACAAAAAAAAGAUACAAAGAGGUGUUCUGGAUGCUUUAACACAUAAUAAAAAAAUAAAAAGAUUUUAGUAGUAUUUAUAAACAUUAUGUAAAGUUAUGAAGUGCUGUAUUUUGAAGCAAAAAAAACUAAAAAAAAAACUAAGAGCAAGUUUUAUGACUGCCAAGGCCUAUUUAAUUUAUCAAAAUAGACUUCAAGUUGCCCUUUUGAAAUGUUAGUUCAAGUAUGACAAAUAGGUCUCUUUUUUUUUUUUAAUUUGAGAUUUUGUUGAUUUUUUUUCUCAAGCAACAUUCGUUAAGCUGACAAGAAUUUGUGAUUGAGCAUUUUGAAUAGUUUUGAAUGCUUUUGUAGUUUUGUAUACUG